AGUUUUAGUCGAAGCAGAAGAAAUCAGAAAGCAAUGGCCACUACUCCUUUCAUCAUCAGGGCCUCUCCCCUGAGUUUCUGCACUCUACACUCCAAUAGACCCCUCUCUUCCCUUCCUUUCUCCACACCCAACUCCAAAUCUUUUUCCCGCCUCAGUUCCACAAAGAUGGAAGGUACCGAAAUCACAGAGGAAGUGGCCGAGCAACCAGGACCCAAUGCGAAUGCGAAUGCGAAAAAGAAAAUAUUUGUUGCUGGAGCGACCGGGAGUACUGGGAAAAGAAUUGUUGAGCAGCUGCUGGCGAAGGGUUUUCAGGUUAAAGCCGGGGUUCGUGACGUGGACAAGGCCAAAACCACGCUUUCCCAUGACAACCCGGCUCUUCAAAUUGUCAAAGCGGAUGUAACUGAGGGUUCUGAUAGGUUGGCCGAAGUUGUUGGGGAUGAUACAGAAGCUGUGAUAUGUGCAACUGGCUUUCGGCCAGGGUGGGAUUUGUUUGCUCCCUGGAAGGUUGAUAAUUUUGGCACAGUAAACCUUGUUGAAGCAUGCCGCAAAAGAAGUGUAAAUAGAUUCAUACUUGUCAGUUCAAUUUUAGUCAAUGGAGCUGCCAUGGGUCAGAUACUUAAUCCAGCUUACAUCUUUCUCAAUGUCUUUGGACUCACCUUAAUAGCAAAGCUUCAGGCAGAGCAACACAUCCGGAAAUCUGGUAUAAACUACACAAUAAUAAGGCCUGGUGGAUUGAGAAAUGAACCCCCUACAGGAAAUAUCGUUAUGGAGCCAGAGGAUACUCUUUAUGAAGGUACCAUAUCCAGAGAUUUGGUUGCAGAAGUUGCUGUUGAGGCAUUAGUCCAUCCUGAAGCAUCUUAUAAAGUUGUAGAGAUAGUUUCUCGUGCUGAUGCCCCUAAGCGCUCAUAUGAGGAUCUUUUUGGUUCCAUUAAGCAACGGUGAGUUCUAAGUUCAAGAACAUUGUAUUAGCAGAGUACUAUUCUGAUUUCUUGCUUUCUGGCGGCAGGUAUAUGUUUGCCUAUUUUCCCUGUUUAUACUUACCUUAUCUUCAUGAUAUGAACACAAUGUUGUUAUACUUGAUGGAAUAUAUCUAAUGUUGCAUAAAAUAAUUGUUUUUGCUCUA